AGCCGAGUCGUCCAGCGAGCGCCAUGUCGCGUUGUUUAUAAUUGUCAGCUGUGCGUGCGAUUCGACCACUGUUACCUCGUUCUACGUCAAGCUGACCUAAAUUGUCGCACUAAAUAUGCCCAUUCGAUAGUGAGCCUGCUGACUUCUGACUGACAUUGAGAGAAUAAGAUUUUUGGAUGCCUCGGAUACGUUUUUUUCCUGUGAUUCUGCCUCGUUAGGGCGUGCAUCAAUGGCGAUGUCAGCACGGCCGCGAGGGGGCGGGGGCGGGCGCGGAGGUCGCUACCAUCGCAAUAGCGGCCAUGGCGGAGGCCAGAAUGGUGGUCCGCAGAAGCGAGUGGUCCGCAGCCGAGAACACUGCACGCGGCUCCUGGGCAACCUGAGUGAGCUGCGCGACAAGGGCAAGUUCUGCGACGUAGAGCUGCUGCUCGAGGGCAAGACAUUUGGCGGGCAUCGGGCCGUGUUGGCCGCGAGUUCUCCCUACUUCGAGGCCCUGUUCAGCUCGGGGCUCGAGGAGAGCCAACAGAAGUCAGUGGAGAUCCACGGCAUCGCGCCGUCCAUCUUCGAGCAGCUCAUAGUCUUCAUCUACAAAGGGGAGAUCCAGAUCAACCAGGAGAACUGCCAGGACGUGCUGUCGGCGUCCAACAUGCUGGGUCUCUCGGACGUCGUUCAAGCCUGCUGCGACUUCCUUCAAAAGGAACUGCACCCUUCCAACUGCGUGGGCAUCUUCAGGUUUGCGGAAAUGCACUCGUGCACCAACCUGAAGCUGGAGGCGAAACGGUUCAUAGAGCGGCGCUUCACGGACGUCAUCAAGGAGGACGAGUUCUACGAGCUUCCCAAGGAGACCCUUCAGCAUUUUCUCAAGAGCGAGGGACUCAGCAUCGACAGCGAGUUUCAGGUGUUCGAGGCGACGAUGAGGUGGAUCCUGCACGACGUGCGGGAGCGUCGUCCGCUCGUGUUCGACGUGCUGGACGCGGUGCGGUUCCCGGUGAUCUCCCAAAAGCAGCUGGACCGCUAUGUGUCGGACUGCCCCGACAUGAGCCUGCGGGUGGCGCUGCUCAAGCUCAUGCAGGACCUCAAGCACGACUCGAGGGCCAACCAGGUGAUGGAUGUGCGUCAGCAGCCACGCAUGUGCGCCCGCAAGAGCGUCUAUUUGAUCGGGGGCUGCCACCGGCACAUUGGCAUGCGCUUCGGCGAGGGCUACAGCCUGGCGAGCGCGGACAAGCUAGACCUGUUCCGGGACCAGUGGAGCAGCCUGGCCCCCAUGGCCCACAUGCGGUCGGGGCCGGGCACGGCGGUCCUCAACAACCUGGUCUACGUGGCGGGCGGGGAGAGCGACUGCCUUAUCCUCGACAGCGGGGAGGUCCUCGACCCUGUUACCAACCAGUGGGCCGCCAUCGCCCCCAUGGUCCAGCCACGCUGCAUGCUUGGCAUGUGUGCCUUGGAUGGCUUCCUGUACGCUGUCGGGGGCUGGGUCGGGGCAGAGCUCGGUGACACGGUCGAGAAGUAUGAUCCGGUGGCAGACUGCUGGCGACUCACCAGCCGGAUGACCGUCGGGCGCUAUGCCAUGGGAGUGCUCGCUCACGAAGGCCUGAUCUACGUGAUUGGGGGCUACAACGACCUCAACGCGGAGCUCGACCUGGUCGAAUGCUUCAACCCGGUGACUGGCGAGUGGAAGACGCUGGCGCCGCUGCGGAUAAGGCGGGCCUACGUCGGGCUGGCCGUGCUGCACGACCACAUCUAUGCAGUGGGCGGCAGCAAUGACAGAGUCCCAGCGCUGGCCUCCGUCGAGCGGUACUCCAUCGAAGAGAACAAGUGGACUGAGAUCCCGGCGCUGUGCACCGCAAGAGUCGGAGCGUCCGUCGUGGGGGUCAAGGGCCGCCUGCACGUGCUCGGCGGCCGCACGUCGUCCAGCGGGGACAGGGGACACUUCCCGCCGCUCACGCUGGAGUCGGUCGAAACGUACGACCCGGAGACAAACAAGUGGUCCAAGGGUUCGCCCAUGCCGCUCAGCCGCUGCUACGCCGGCAUCGCUGUCAUCUAGGCCCGUUGCCGCGCUCUCUCGGUUUGCUUCCUGCCGUAGAUGAAGUGUCUGUUGCCGCUGCACGUUGUGCGACUGUCUUUGUGUUUUUCUAACUUGCGUGCUCUCGGCACGGAGGUGGGGUUUGAGGGAAAGUUGCGAAUGGUUUGACGUGUUUCAAAGUUUGAGGCUGUGUGGUAGCGACACUGUGUCAACAGUAGUGUCAUCGCCGUACGUAGGCUGCUCGCCUGUUUAGGCAAUUCACGUGUUGUUUACGCGGCUUCGGCCAACUUCUCUUUAUGGUUUUGACUUGUCUCCGCCCCUGUCGUUGCGUCACCCGCGUCUUGGUAUCAUCUGUGGACAUAGCUUUAAACUCGGUUUUUGAAAACUUCAAGAGCACGAGAGAAGGGUGCUGGCUUUCAACCUCUUCCUUGCUGUAUGGCGGAGAUUGGAUUAGAGGUCCUACCAAAAUUGCACGUGCGACAUCUUCGAAGGGAUGCAGCUUCAGCCGUGUGAACAUAUCUAUUGGCCUCGGCAUGCUACUAGUCUAUACUGGUAUGUCACCCAAGAUUGCAAUGCUGUAAGAGAGGUAAUACGAAUGCGGUUAUGUGCAAUGGUGUUGCAGCUAAAGCGUGAAAAAGAAUAUGUCGACAUGCAUUUGUCAUAUCAUGCAACACCCCACUUCAAAGUUAGUUGGGAGACGAGCAGUUCAUCAGUUUCAUGCGGUCUGACCGUCGUAAUAUUUCCUCAUUUUUGUGUUUCAAACAUUUUCUUUCCCACUUCUCAAACGCUAGUAUUGCCGUCGUCAUGAAGGGGAAUCGAGCUUAUAACCGCAUUGUUUGCAAAUUUGCCUCCCAAUUCGAUAGAUUCCCUUCAGAGCGAAACACAGUCCAAGUCAAACUCUCCGUAAUCCCUUGCCUCUUUGUGUGUUCACCAGCUUCCAUGAUUUUGCUGCCACCAAGGACAAUUUUGCUUCGCACUGACACCUCUCAGUCUGGGCGUCUUUCUUUGGCGUCCCCAUUUCCUUUCACGAUGCCUUCCGUAGCGUUUUACAAGCUUUAAAGGGAGUUCGGCUUCGCGAGAUUAGACUAAGAUAAGAUUCUGCUUACCUACCGUUAACGAACUCGUCGAAUUCACGGAAGUUUUGAACGGGAGGGGAGGCACAAUUGUCCCAAUUGACAGUGUCGAGAAUCGCCCAAAAAAUAUCCUAAAGAAAUUGUAGCACCGCAAGUCACGAAAGCAUUUUCAUGCGAGAGCAAUAUUUUUGGCGCGCUUCUUAUCCCGCCUUUAUCUUGGACACAAACCGCCGGCAAAGCGGCCCUCAUCCCUAGAGGAUGUUGACCGACGGCAUUUCGGGGUCGGCGCGAGCGAGCAGGCGAUUGAUGAACAAAGUGCAGGAACCAUGUGUAGUGCAAAGUGCCACGGAGUGAAGUUGUUGCUGUGAUGAGUAGAGGAGUUGCGCGCAUCGGCCUUGAGCCGAAGAGCCCCGUAGUACUUUAAAGUAGAUCUAGCCCACUGCCUUGCGUGUUUCCCGGAGAGGGUACUAUUUUCUUCCAGUGUCCGUCGUCUUUGUUGUUCUUUCUGUUUUUAUUUGUUUGUGUCACUGAGCGAGUUGCUUCCAGUAGCACCCAGCAACUUGCAAAAGGGCAGCGUAGAGCCGGAAAAAGUGGCUUUGAUAAUCGAAUUGCCCCGGCGAGGAAAAAGGCGCAGCGAGCCGAAACGUCUCCGGUUCAAUCCAAGGAGGUUGCACAUACUCGAGCGUUGCAAUGUCGAUUCUCCGGAAUCUCAUAACCCGGUCAUUUUACUAUGUUCUUUUUACGGGCAGUUUGGGGUCGCAAGCUUGCUUCCUAGCAUCAGUUUUAGUAGAAGUAGCCAGCGUCGUACAACUUCGCUUUCCAAAAUGACGAAGAGUCCUCGUGGGGUUUUAGCCGGGGAUGCAAACACGACACAUACUCUUGGUGCUUUGGCAAGUUAGUUGGCUUCCCGUCAAUGUUACUGUAUCAAGGUUUUGCUUUCGUGUUUUGCAGCGUUCAUUGGUCGAAAAUAAUAGCCGGUGCUGCCACGUCGUCACGGUUUCCAUGUCUCGGUUGGUCAUCGCUACUGGGGCCGCGGCAAGUCUGGCAUUGCCUGCCUUCUGUAAUUACUGAAUGACCCGUGCUUGGGGGCAGUUUUUCUCGUCGUGAUGUGCCGUCGUCUCGUAUUUCGACGCACUAUAGCCACCGAUAAAUCUCUAGUCUUUGGGCAUCAAAAAAAGGAACUUGAGAAUCUUUGGUUUUAUGCGGCCAAGAAUGGGAGAGGGGAACGUUUGUUUUUAACAAAAGCACAAACAAAUAUGAAAUGGUGUCGGUUUUCAUUUUUGCUUUUUUCGAGCAUUUAGUUUUUUCUUUGCAGCAACAUUUUUUUUUUGCACGCCGUCUACCGUGUCACAUAGAGCCGACGCUUUGAUCACUCUACGUGCCUGUGUAACAUGGAGGAAAAAAAAAAGUACAAAACUGUUGUGUAAAAAGUAUGUAUAGUCUAAUAAAAGCUUUUGUAAAGCUGCA